AUGGCGGAAAAGAAGGUCAUUUUGCCAGAGGAGGGCAAAAAGAAUGUGCUCAUUACCUCUGCCCUACCCUACGUGAAUAACGUGCCUCACUUGGGCAAUGUCAUUGGAUCCGUCCUGUCCGCCGACGUCUUUUCUCGCUACAGCAAGGCGCGCGGCAACCCGACGCUGUUCAUCUGCGGCACCGACGAAUACGGCACGGCCACGGAAACCAAGGCGAUUGAGGAGAAGUGCACCCCGCAAGAGCUCUGUGACAAGUACAACAAGCUGCACAAGGAGGUCUACGACUGGUUCGAGAUCGACUUUGACCAUUUCGGCCGCACUCCUACCCAGCAGCAGACGGACAUUGCCCAGGACAUCUUCACCAAAUUGUACAAGAAUGGAUAUCUGGAGGAGCGAACGACGGUCCAGCCGUAUUGUGCCGAGCACAAGGGGUUUCUCGCAGAUCGCUUCGUCGAGGGCGAGUGCCCUCUCUGUGGAUAUGUCGAUGCGCGGGGGGAUCAGUGUGACAAGUGCGGCCAUCUCCUCGAACCUCUCGAUCUGAUCAAGCCGCGAUGCAAGCUCGACGGCGCCACCCCGGAAGCUCGUGAGACAAAGCACGUCUUCCUCCUCCUCGACAAGCUCGAGGAGCAAGUCGGCGCAUGGUCAAAGAAGAGCAGCAAGGAGGGCGCCUGGUCGGACAAUGGCACCAACAUCACAAAUGCAUGGAUCAAGGAGGGCCUCAAGCCUCGUGGAAUCACCCGUGAUCUCAAAUGGGGUACUGCCGUGCCUCUCGACGGGUAUGACGAGAAGGUUCUGUACGUCUGGUUCGAUGCCUGCAUUGGAUACGUCYCCAUCACCGCCAACUACACCGAGCACUGGAAGCAGUGGUGGCAAAAUCCUGAAAAUUGCGAGCUUUAUCAGUUCAUGGGGAAGGAUAAUGUGCCAUUUCAUACCGUCGUCUUUCCUGCAUCCCAGCUGGGUACAGGCGACAAGUGGACCAUGCUCAACACCCUCAGCACAACCGAAUACCUCAACUACGAACGCGGCAAGUUCUCCAAGAGCAGAGGCGUGGGUGUUUUCGGAACGAGUGCCAAGGCCACGGGCAUCGCACCGGAUGUCUGGCGGUACUUCCUCCUAUUGAGGAGACCUGAGACGAGCGAUACCGAGUUUGAAUGGGACGGCUUCAUCGCUGCCAACAACAAUGAGCUGGUCAACAAUUUUGGAAACUUCGUCAACCGUAUCUUGAAGUUUGUCGGAUCUGCCAACUACGACUCUGCUGUCCCCGCAUACCCAGAUGCCGGAUCGCUCGAUGCCGAAGUCGCAAAGGGUCUGGAGUCUCACAUCGAAGCCGUCAAUGCGAAGCUCCGUCAAUACCGCGAGGAGAUGGAUGCCGUGCAUUUGAAGUCCGGGUUGGUUUGCGCUCGCGAAAUUGCUUCUCUCGGCAACAAGCUCCUGCAGGACAACAAGAUCGACAACGCUCUCUUUAACAACGAGCGCGCGAGAUGUGACGCUGUUGUGAACCUUGCCGUCAAUCAUGUCCAUCUCCUGGCCAGUGUGAUCGCUCCUUAUCUUCCAGCGACCUCUCGUAGCAUACUUGAGCAGUUGCAGAUGGAGAUGCUCAUCAUCCCGGAUGCAUGGGAGGCCAAGAGUGUGACUGCUGGUCAUAAGAUUGGCAAAGCAGCUCACCUGUUCAAAACCAUCAAACCUGAAAAGGAGAAGGAGUGGAAGGAGAUGUUUGGUGGUGAUGAAUUGAAGCGAGUGAAGGAGGAAGAGGCUAAGAAGAAGGAGGCCAGAAAGGCUGACAAGGAGAAGAAAAAGGCUAAGAAGGCUGCAGAGAGGGCAGCUGCCCAGGGAGGGGAGAGCGUUGAGGGCGUCGAGAGGGACGGAGCUACUCAGGUGGAUGAAGUCACCGACGGCGUGAAGCAGGCAACAUUGCAGAGCUCCUAG